GCGACGUUCACAAAUACAAGCUAAAUACACAAACUGGGAAAACUGAGUUACUAAGCGUAGACACAACUUAUGUCGGCAUGAAAAUCCUGACAAAGUCCAUUGGUGGAAACAAUUAUGAGCCAAUGGACAUUACAGGGAUGUACAAAUACCCAGAAGGCAGUAGUAAAGAUAAGGAGACCAUGAAGAAUGCAGAGAGAACCUACAAGACGCAUUUGCAAUAUGACGAUGAGCAGGGCGUGGCGAUGACGCUGGAGAUCCCGCAGGAGCGUGUGAAGAUUGGCCAGAACUUCCAGAUGGCUGUGGUCUUCAGGAACAUGAGUGAAGAAACACGCACCAUCCAUGGCCUCCUGGUCGGCUCCACGAUCUACUACACCAACAUCCAAAGGGCUCAGUUCAAGCAGUUGACCUUUGACAUCACUCUGAAACCCAUGGAGACGUCGAGGAUACAGGUGGGCGUGCUGGCCCAGAACUACAUGCCCAAGCUGGGUUGCCAAUCCAGCCUCCGCUUUGUGGUGACGGCCAAGAGCAUGGAGAACAACCAGGACUUGAUGGCCAUACAGAUAGUGAACCUGAAAGGCCCCGAGUUGACCUUUGCGAUGAGUGGACCAGCGAAGGUGAACCAGGAGAUAUUUGUCAAGGUGGAGUUCACCAACCCGUUCCCAUUCAGCCUGCAUAACGUGAGGAUGGCCAUACAAGGGCCUAAUUUCAUCUCAUACCGGGAAAAGUUGUACAGUGAGAUCGCUACCGGCACCUCCAUCACCUGGAUAGAGUCCUCUGUCCCUACGAGGUCUGGGAAUACAAUGGUCUCUGCUGUCCUGGACUGCUCGGUCCUUGGGAAUGUGCAAGGCAAUUGGGCCAUCGGCAUCCAGGCCUGAUCAUCGCCCAGGAAGCCCUUCCCACCUGCUAAUCGCCUGCCAUCGACCGGAGAACCAUGGACGAAUAGAGGCUCUUGUAUAGAUCUGAAAGGAUUUGAUUGCUGGAUAAGCAAUUCCAUCUAGCUUAUGAGAAGGUGAGGGCAAGCAAAUAACAUACCCCUUACGGAAAAAACACAUGAUUCACAGGUGUAAUUUCCUCCUGGGAAAUCAUGUGCAACCAUGUUUCUUUGGAACACUGACGUUUACAUGUGGAUUUUAAAUGUGAUCACAUAACCUGUCACGUGAAUAUUUUUCAAAUGAGAUUCCAGAGAUGAUGCCCUGCAAACAAAAUUGAGUCGUUAGGAUACACACAAACAGUUAUUUUUAACAUAGUGUUUUCAAUGUACAUUUUUGACAUACAUAAUCACAUUGUGUAUGUUUAUUUAUACAGAAAAUAUUAUUGAACAUGUCCUCAGCUGGGUUUUGAACUCACAAACUCUUGGUUCCGAGCAUCCCGACCUUCCUGCUACACCAUCACAUCGGUGUCAAUUACAGAUUGAACCUGUAUUUGUACACUUUGGGUUUGAGUAAAGUAGAAAUCAGCUUUGUUAAAAAUACACUAUUAUAAAAAACGAUUAUAGUUAUCAUAGUGAUUCAGGAGUAACAUUAAAACAGAAUAAUAUCCCCCACAAACAGUAGACAGCUAUUCAGAAAACUAUACUUAUUCUGAAAUAACUAUGAAAUCUAUGGUGAGAGAAUAAUGAGAUGAACUAAAAUAGAAGUGCAGAUGGCACUCUUUUGCUAAGUGCAGACAUGUAUUAUAGAUAAUGAAUGUGUAUAGGAAUGCUAUAGACUUUGAUGGGCAGCAGAAAGAUCAGCGUAACCUAGAAGUUGUCAAUUCUAAUCCCAGGUGGGGUCAUAUUGAAAAGUCACUACUAAGUGAUCACUACUAAGUAAUAAUCAUGUUGUCACUGAUGAAAUAUUUUGUACACUAUUUUAGCUGAAUAGUGUACCAUUUACUUUAAAACCCACAUAUCAUUUGAUUCCCUUACACAAAAAUACAUGUAAAAUCACAUUUUCACAUGUGAAGUACCUGAAAUUUUCACAUAAAAAAAGAGAUUUGAGGUCAGUUCUUCACAUAUGAAACCACAUGUUCACAUGUAUUCAAAUUAGAGUUCACAUGUUAACACCACCUUUUCACAUAUGAGGAGAAUAACAUGUUUUCACCUCACGUGGAAAACGUUCACAUAGGAACAUCUAACUCUCAAAGGUGUAGUUUCAUGGUAUCGUACGUAGGCAUUUUGCAUCCCCAUGUUGUCACAUUUAUUUCACGAGAUCAUGUUUUCACAUGUGUAGGUUCAUGUUAUCAGAUGUUGCUUUUACAUGUUGUCACAGAUGUUAUCACAUGUGAAAUACAUGUGAUUUUUCUGUAAGGGAUUGCUUACACCGAUAAGAUUUGUUACAGAAAGGGCUAGGAGUUGAUUUGGAAUUGGGCAGAAGAGGGAGGGCCAAACCGCAAUAAACGCAUCAGUUUAUCUUUUUAUUUUCUCUGCAAUGCCAAAUAUCAAUCAAAUCAAUGUAUUUUCAGGCAUUGGUGACACUUAAAGUUGAAGGGCACCUACAUAAGGACUUCAUCACCCAUUCAGUAGCCAUAUAUGCCACAUUCAUAAUCAGUAGAACUGCAAGCUGACUUUAUUUAACUAGGCAAGUUAGUUAAGAACAAAUUCUUAUUUACAAUGACGUUCUACCCCGGCCAAACCCGGACGAUUGCUGGACCAAUUGUGCGCCGUCCUAUGGGACUCCUAAUCACGGUCAGAUGAUACAGUCUGGAUAUGAACCAGAGACUGUAGUGACACCUCUUGCACCGAGAUGCAGUGCCUUAGACCGCUGUGACUUUUUUGAUAUGUCAGAGUAUCAUCACUUGCAUGUCGACUCUAAACAUCCUGUGUAAACUUACAGUUGUUGACAUAGUUUUUUCAUAAAAGUUAACCCUUCACAAGUGUUUCCAAAGACUCUCGGACUAAAAACGUUCAAAAGUUAUGAUCCAUAUGAAUAUGAUGGAUAGAGUUUUUUUAUGCAGUCUAAUUAGAUUACAUUUAUAUAUCAGGGAUUUAAUUUGAUUUCGAAUCAGCCGACUCAGAUUCGGGUUUCUGUUAUUGACGACCUUACAAACCUUUGCCGAAUGUGACUUUCUCACACAAUCAUGACCUUCAAUCUAAUCAACGGUCCAGUGUUAUCUGCAGUAGAUUUUAAUCAAGCACAAAAGGUGCUGCAUUUAAAGAAGCUAUGCGUAUUUGGGAAACAAAGUGAAAAAUGUUUCUUUUAGACUGGGAUUUUCGUUGCCAAAAUGUUGCACAUCACCCACCUAUCAUCCUUAUAUAAAUAAUUUAAUUGUAUGAUAUAAAAAAAGAAGAAAAUCACAAUGUAAAGCAGGAUGUGGGCACCAUUCCUCAGUUAUUUUUUUUGAUUGUUUUUUGUAUAGCCAGUAAUAUUGGAAAACCGUCAUUUUUGGCUUUGCAUCAAACUAAACAUUUUAA